AAACGCAUUACUAAUGCAUAACACUUUAAUAAUUAUAAAUCCUCCUCAAAAACUAUUUGGGUGUGUUGACACUUUUAAGAAAUCAAAAGUUGUUAGAAUUUUCCCUUAAAUUAAAAAAAAAAUAAUAAAUAAAAUAAAUCAUGAGAAUUCAUUUAUCUGCUGAUAUGAUUGCAAGUACGCCAAUGGAUCCAAGAAUGGUUAUCCACCAAAAUCCUGGCCAGCAACGUCCAAUAGUCGAUCUUCUCGUCGCAUUAAUUGCAGUUCCAAUUCUAAUACUAUGUGCCCUGCAGUUGGAGAAACACAUGCAAGAUCGAUGGGAAGAAAGUUCAGAAACAAGAUGGCUAGUAUUUGCCCUUGGAGUCAGUAUGCUGUUAAUAAGUGUAUUAAUAUGCGGCUAUGUCACCCAUCGAAUGGGUGUCUGCAUGUGGACUGGUCCACUUGAAGAUUCCUCUAGAUUGUCAACAAAUACAACUGGCAAUAAUAUACAACAUAUUAACUCGCAAAAUGAUAUCCUUCGAAUUGUGGAUUCACUACCACCUAGUUAUGAAAGUGUGGUCAAGUGUGAUAUCCCUCCACCAGCUUAUGAUUGUAUUGUUGUAAAUAUGGAACAGUGCAAAGAGGAAGAAGCCAAUCGAAAGGCGGUACCAGCACAGGAAAUCGCCUCGGUGCAUAUGUAAAAUAGUACGCAUUGAACUGUCCCUGCCAAAUACCGGAUACUGAUGCCUUUAUUAAUUAACUUCCUGUCUUUAAUUAGUAUUUUAUUUUUUUUUUAAGUUAUUUGUAUUCUUCUUACAAAUGAAUGUGUAAAUUAUAAAAAAAAAAAAUAA